UUUGUCGAUCAGGAUGAAGCCAUGUUGUCUCACGUACUUUACAGGCUAGUGACGAUCGAGAAUGAGAAUCGGGAGCAAGUUGGGUUGAAGAAGCGUACACAGAUACCUAAGCACGCUAAAGUGCGCUAACAACGGGGCCACUCCCAGCACAAAGCGCUUGAAACAUCCGGCUGUCAAUCUGUCACUCGAGGGGGUCAGUCAACACAGCGUCACCUAACGGAGCUCGUCACAAUUCCACAAUCUAAGACGUCGAUCUCACACAAUCGAGAAGCUUAAUGCCAACCUUGUUCCGAAUAACCUCACAAUUUCUCAAACCCUAAAACACUCAUUUAAACAUUCGAAACGCAAAUAACAUGGCGGAACCAGCCAAAACGUCCUACUCAACGGACCCGGCGCUGUACAUCUACACGUCUCUCACAGCGGGGUCGAGCCACAUCGUCACAGCCACCUCACGCCUCGAGACGAUCCUACGAGCGAAUCGCGUGCCAUUCAAGGCCAUCGAUGUGGCGACCGACGAGAAGGCGCGCAUGCUCUGGGGGCGUCGGGCAGGCAAAGAUGAGUCGGGCCGCCUGAGGAAGCUGCCGGGGCUGGUGCAGAUGGGCAUGGUUCUCGGGGACCUCGUCGAAAUUGAAGACUGGAAUGAAUACGGCGAGCUGAAGCAACACGUGCAAAUCUACUAUGACGACUUCACAACGCCCUCCAAGAACGCCGCGCCGCCUUUGAACCUGCUGAAGAAGCCUGGCCCCCUGAAGCCCAACGCGGGCGGUUCGCAGUCUGCGUCUUCGCUGUCUGCGUCCUCGUCAGCGCCGGGAUCGGGAGUGAAGCCCGUGCCCGAGGCGCCGCCCUUGCCUGAGCCGAAAGCAAAGACGAUAGGCACUGAACAACCUAAGAAGCCAGCGGGUGGUGUUGCCCCAUCGGUCGCGGCGGCGGUCACGACGCCUCUUAGGAGCAUAGCCGAGGAGGCUGCGGCGAAGGGGAAGCAAGUCAGGCUGGAGAGCUUGAGGGAGAAGGUGUAUGGGAAGAAAGACAAGGAUAAGGAGGCUGCGGCUAAGGGCGCAAGUGGGGAGUCGGGAUCUAAGGAUGCCGCAGUUGACGAGAAGAAGACGGUGGCGGAGGGUGACAAGACAGAGGUUCCAGCCCCUCUGACUAAGGAACCCUCUACCGACUCAGCCAUCGCGGCGAUCACGGGCAGCAUCAGCACCCUGUCCAUAGCGUCGCCUCCUGGGGAGAAGUCCGCAGGCGCGGCGGGCCUGCAGUCGCCGACGACUGGGGCUUGGAAGUCGUCUUCGAUGGACGACCAUCUGAGGCAAGUGUUGCAGAGCCCGACGUCUGGGACGUGGAAGGCGGGUGAGGGGCCAGGGGCGCCGGCGGUUAGCGAGCACCGGGGGGGUAUUGUGGCUAGUGUGCCCGAGGAGCAGAUUGCUGCUGUUGAGCAGGUUCUGACGAUUCCUGAAGUGCCGCAUGAGGACGAGGACGAGGAAGAGGAUGAGGAGGAAGACGACGACGAUGAAGAAGAGGAAGAGAGCAGUAGUGAGGAGGAAGAGGAGGACGAAGAGGAAAAGAAACUAGAUGACACGAAGAAAUGAGAGAUGAUGCUGGAUUCUGGCAAUUAUAAAUGGCUCCCACAUCGUGAGACCGUGACUGCAAACAGGGACGGCCAAUACUGAACUUGUGGCCUAGUUGAUUGGACCGCUGCAAACUGGAUGGAUUACAGAAGAUGGGCGUGUCGGAGCCAACGUAUUACAGGCUUGUUGAACGAAUUGAACACCAGGAUUUAGCACAAUCAAGUUUCAGGAAUCAUCAGUUGAUCGAUCGAUCAAUCAAGGUACCCAUCAGUGGAUU